GCGGGGUCGCUGUGGGGUGAGGCCGCCCGGGGCGGGGCGGCGCGGCGCGGAGCGCAGCGAGCUGAGGACCGAGGCUCGGCCGAGGGCGGCCGCUGGCUUCGGAGGAGGAGGAGGAGAAAGUGGGGCUUUUCGCCGUGGGGGUGGAGCCGCAGCUCGGCCGACCAGUGUUGACGAACUCCUGGCGGCGGGGCCUUCCUCAGGGCUGGAGGGCGGCGGACCGGGCGGUAGGUCGGGGCCUGCCAGCCGGAGUGGAGGUGUCCGAAAAAGGGGUGUCGCGUGGCCGCUCCCCUCCGGUGUACGAGGCCAGGCGAGGCGACCAGAGUGCUCUAUGCCCAGGUCUCUGUGGCUGGGCUGCUCCAGCCUGGCGGACAGCAUGCCUUCGCUGCGAUGCCUGUGUCACCCAGGGACUGGCGCACUCACAGCUUUCCAGAAUUCCUCAGAGAGAGAAGACUGUAAUAAUGAUGAACCCCCUAGGAAGAUAAUACCAGAGAAGAAUUCACUUAGACAGACAUACAACAGCUGUGCCAGACUCUGCUUAAACCAAGAAACAGUAUGUUUAGCAAGUACUGCUAUGAAGACUGAAAACUGUGUGGCCAAAACAAAACUUGCCAAUGGCACUUCCAGUAUGAUUGUGUCCAAGCAACGGAAACUCUCAGCAAGCUAUGAGAAGGAAAAAGAACUGUGUGUCAAGUAUUUUGAGCAGUGGUCGGAGUCUGAUCAAGUGGAAUUCGUGGAGCAUCUUAUAUCCCAAAUGUGUCAUUACCAGCAUGGGCACAUAAACUCCUACCUGAAACCCAUGCUGCAGCGGGACUUCAUCACCGCUCUGCCAGCUCGGGGUUUGGAUCACAUUGCUGAGAACAUUCUGUCAUAUUUGGAUGCCAAAUCCCUGUGUGCUGCUGAACUUGUGUGCAAAGAGUGGUACCGAGUGACGUCAGAUGGCAUGUUAUGGAAGAAGCUCAUUGAGAGAAUGGUCAGGACAGAUUCUCUGUGGCGAGGACUGGCAGAACGAAGAGGGUGGGGACAGUAUUUAUUCAAAAACAAACCUCCUGAUGGCAAUGCUCCUCCCAACUCUUUUUAUAGAUCACUUUAUCCUAAAAUUAUACAAGACAUUGAGACCAUAGAAUCUAACUGGAGAUGUGGAAGACAUAGCUUACAGAGAAUCCACUGCAGAAGUGAAACAAGCAAAGGUGUUUACUGUUUGCAGUAUGAUGACCAGAAAAUAGUAAGCGGCCUUCGCGACAACACCAUCAAGAUCUGGGAUAAAAGCACACUGGAAUGCAGGCGAAUCCUCAUGGGCCACACAGGUUCCGUGCUGUGUCUCCAGUAUGACGAAAGGGUCAUUGUGACUGGAUCAUCAGAUUCCACAGUCAGAGUAUGGGAUGUGAAUACAGGUGAAAUGCUGAACACAUUGAUUCACCAUUGUGAAGCAGUUCUUCACCUACGUUUCAAUAAUGGCAUGAUGGUGACCUGCUCCAAAGAUCGCUCCAUUGCUGUUUGGGACAUGGCCUCCCCAACUGACAUUACUCUCCGGAGGGUCCUGGUUGGACACCGAGCAGCCGUCAACGUUGUAGACUUUGAUGACAAGUACAUUGUUUCUGCAUCUGGAGAUAGAACUAUAAAGGUAUGGAACACAAGUACUUGUGAGUUCGUAAGGACCCUAAAUGGACACAAGCGAGGCAUUGCCUGUUUGCAGUACAGAGACCGGCUGGUGGUGAGUGGCUCAUCUGACAACACUAUCAGAUUAUGGGACAUAGAAUGUGGUGCAUGUUUACGAGUAUUGGAAGGCCAUGAGGAAUUGGUUCGGUGCAUUCGGUUUGAUAAUAAGAGGAUAGUCAGUGGGGCCUAUGAUGGAAAAAUUAAAGUAUGGGAUCUCUUGGCUGCUCUGGACCCUCGUGCUCCUGCAGGGACUCUCUGCCUACGGACCCUGGUGGAGCAUUCUGGAAGAGUUUUCCGCCUCCAGUUUGAUGAAUUCCAGAUUGUCAGUAGUUCACACGAUGACACCAUCCUCAUCUGGGACUUCCUAAAUGACCCAGCGGCCCAAGCAGAGCCCCCUCGCUCCCCGUCACGAACGUACACCUACAUUUCCAGAUAGAUCCCCUCCAGACCUUACUUGCCCAGGACUCAUUAAAGUUGCGGUAUUCAACAUAUCUGCAAACAGUAACAAUCAGACUCCGACCUGGAUCCCUGGACCUGCGAGGAGCAGGGCUUCGAGACUCCUGGUGGGAGACAGCUGGCCUGCGCUGACCAGGGCAGCCUGCGUGAUGCAGCAGCUGCUUCAAUGCUGCUAUCAGAAGAUGUCUUCUGUCUCAAGUGAAUGCUGGGGACUGUUGCUACUCCCCUUGCCCUCUCCUGUCCCUCACACCUGUUCCUCCUCCAUUGGGUUCCAGACAAAGAUGACUUACAAAUAUAUUUAGUGUUUGGACAGAAUCUCUCUUGCUUUGCCACUAAGCAGAAGAACUAAAUUCCCCACAUAGCCCACUUCUUGGGACAGGAGGAUGCAGCUUCCGGGCAGACAGAGCCCAGUGUCACCAUGUUACUGCAGUGCCAGCUCCUGGCCAGAGCAGAGGAGACCGCACCCUGACAGCCUCUGAGAGAAGGGAAGAAAGGCCAAGUGCACGCCCCAGCCCCAGCCCCAGCCCUGGCCAUGGAGGAGGCAUGUGGUAAGUGUCCUGUCAGCCUGAGGCGGGCCGCUGGAGACAUGUGGAGGCGCGCACCCAUCCAGCACUGUGGCGGACCCAGCCUUCUGGCCGCACGGUCAUCCUUCUUGAAACUCCUCCUCCUCCUCCCCUUCCUCCUCCUCCUUCUCCUCCUCCUCCUCCUCGUCCACCACCCGAGGGGAGGGGCAGGAGCUUCCUGGGCUCUAUCAGCGCUGCCUCUUUCUGGACUCAGCAGUCUCCUGGAUUUCAUGUAGAGUGCAGAACGGAGUUGCUGAUUGCAUUCCUCUCAUUAACACUUAGAUGUGUAAUAAAAGGCAUUGUGCUUCAUCUUAAAUCACUGGUAAGGCUCCACCUGCAGAAGGGUUUGCAGUGGCUGGAGCCCGUGCUAGUGCAUCCUGCGGAAUGGUUUCGCCUCUGAUGUCCGCCUCACAGCACGAGACCCAGGCACCUGCAACUGCCAGGACCACCAGCACUAAGGAGGCAGGCGGAAGUCAGAGCUGCUGUCUCUUUCCUACAGGCCAGUAAAUAUGGCUUGGAAAUUGGUCUGACCAGCUCAGUCUUGCAUUGCAGAACCUUGCUUUUGCUUCUUCCAAAACCAGUGUUAGCAAAAGGGCCACAAUGCCAGAGAGGGGAUCAGAUUUAAGUUUGGCACACAGGGUUUAUUGGUGGGGCAGAAACUGCCUUCUCUUUUCUUCCUCUUGCCUUUCAUCUGCUCUCUCCUUCCCUGACCAUUAAAAUGUCUCUGGCAGUUGAAGAACAUAAAUAUAGGCCAGGGAUUUAGCUCAGUGGCACAGCACCUGCCUGGCAAUCAUGAGGUCCUGAGUUCAAGUUCCAGGACCCCCAAAAAAUAAACCACGAUGAAUACUACAGGGUCAAGGCCCAGCUGGCCCCUCGGAAAGCAGCUGUGUGGGCUUCGUAACCAGUGGCUCCAGUGCCCAGGUGCAUGUGCCGCUCCAACUAAGAGCAUCGAGAACCCCAGCUUGAUCGCUCUGGCCGCAGGGGCAGCCUGGCAGUGCCUGUGUGCUCCCUGGAAGCUGGGCAGUGAGGCCCCUCGUUCUUAUCUUUGACCCAUGUGGCUGAGCCUAGGGAAAACCCUGCUUACACAGUCACUGUAGGAAGAGCAGAUGGGGACCAGCUGCACACGGCCUCCAGCCUAGCCACUGUGAGCUCAUCAGGGCAGGUGGGAGAAGAGGAGGCUGCCUCUCCCCAGCUUGGAGGAAGAUCCCGGACCAAGGGCAGCGCUCAUGUGAGAGGCAGCCCGCGCGUGUGCCGUUUUCCCGUUCUGCUUUACAGCUGCUUUUACGCUUUCAGUCUCGAGUUGUAAUUCCUUCUCAGCUCCCAAAUGCUGCAGAGCCUUGCUUCUCCAGGGCUCCUCCUGGUCUAUCGAGUUGUGUAUUGAUGGCUCCUUGAUAGGUCAAAGGUUGUGCUGCAGAUGAAGAGCUGUCGGGCCCUGACACCCAGGUCAGACACUGUAGAGGUGUGGGGUUCACGCUGUUGCAGUACUGUCCAGUAGCCGUACCUCCCUCGCCCUCUGCUGUGUGCUACUGUGGAGAGGGAGCAGGCCGGGGUGCAGCCUGCAGCAGAGUACUUCCUGGCGGGUGUGAGACCCUGGCACGUGCUGAGUGCCACCAAAGGGGAACAAGAUAUGGGGCGGUUGGGUGCCCAUGGCCGGGACUCAGCCCUUGUCUGGGGUGCUCUGGAGGAGCACAGUGGAGAUGCCAGUCCAGCAUGUCUGACGGGGCGGGGGUGGGCCUGCAGGGUAGCGUCUGACACUGUCCUCCCUGCUGCCCAAGGGAGAUGGGAAUGAAGUUAAGUGGUCUGAAAACUGAAUCGCUCGCCUUGCUCAUCUCUGGGGGUCAUUUACCAGUUCAUGUAGGAGGAAUAAUCAGGUAAGUAGGAGUUCAUUUCCAGAGAAGGUGAACCCCACUUACCAUCUCUGCAUGGUUUCAGUGGGAAUUGAUUAUCACAAAUCCCAGCUGGGGUUUUAAAACAUGGAAAAUUUGACCUUUGUGGAAAGAAAAGAAACAAAGACAUCCUGGCACAGUUAAAGGAAGUAGGAAAAGAGCUCCACGUGUGAAGCUCUUUUUCCUGAGAUUCCCUUGCACUGAAAGGACCCUAUCUUUGAAGAUGGGAGAGAGGCGCUGUGCUCUGUGGCUGCUGACAGCACGAGCUUUUCUCUGAGUGCAGUGUGAGAGUGCGUGUGCAUUUGGAGGGACCGAUGACACUUGUCCCACAUGCAGAGCGAACUCUGAGACUUUACUCACAAGUAAUAAAGCCUGGCUCUCAAAACUUGUUUUGGGGGUGGGCAGAGGAGGAAAAAGCCAUCACUGGUCAUCCUAACACUUGAUUGUGUGUGGAAACAACUGAGUUGGGUUGAAAGUGAAUAUUGGCAAUCAUGAGGUCUAUUUUUCCCUAGAAUUGGAUUAGGUUCCUUGGCAUUAUUGAUGUUAGCAUCUUCCUUGCACCUUAUACCUGUAACCCAGAGGUAGACACAGCCCAGCCCAGAGUGGCUGGCCGCAGGUCAGGCUGUACCUUACCUCUGGAGUCAUCCAAGGUGCUUUCGGGUAGUAAGUGGAGUGUGGAGAUGCCCACCCUGUGAUGGUCACCUCAAGUUGACCUCAUGACCAGCUUGCACUACUGCCUCCACACUUGGGUGAGUGCGCAGACGGCCAGCUGGGUUUGUCCCCCUCUGCUGAGGUCCCACAGUGUGGCCAGGCUGGGCAGUUCAAGCCUCUUAAGUGCAGGCUCAGCUCAGCCACUCUUAGGGCAGCAAAGGCAACCUUCUGGAGCUUUCAGUGAUGCUGCCCACUGCAGCACUCACGUCGCAGGGCCCACCAGUGUCUCGGGGAACAAAUUGAGCUUUGCUUCUGGUUCUCUUUAAUCCGUAGUCCAUCUGUGGCACCAGAAUCCUUGGAGACAGAAAACAAAGGAACAUGAUCAUUUCAUACAGAACUAAACUCCUCUGACAUCUAGACUCCCUUCUGUCAGAAGUCGAGCACCCACAAACUAAAAUUUCCUGGAAGCAGUGACCCCCUGAACCACCCAGCUGGCUCUCUUAACACCUAGCUGGGGUGGGUUGGGGUACUUGUGGCUCUGUGUGUGUGUGUGUGACUUGCUCUCCUGAUCCUUCCUCCUCUUGGACACUGCAGAAAAAGACCAGCUAGACGGUUAGAGAUGGGUCCCAAGAAAGCGAAUGCCUUCCCAAAUCAGUGGUUACGUAAGCCCAAGCAGCAGGGCCAGGAUGUCCAGAGAGCGUGCGCCCUGGCAGUGGGGCUAGGCCAGCGCGCGGGUUUGUGGAGCUCUUGCGUGGGCCACUCUCCGUUCUGUCUGUCCCCGAGUGCUGACUGCUUUGACUUCUGUGAUCAUGUGACAGUGAUGUGUAGUCAGUGUACCAGUAUGUUUAGAUUUUUUUAACUUCAGAAAAAAAUAAAUGACAGAUGUAUGAUUAAA